AUGCUGUCAGAUUGGCUAGUGGUCUAUCCCAGGCUCUAUACAGGGGUGUGGCCUAAGAUCGGAAAAGGUGAGAAGGCGAAUGCCACGGCAGCGUAUGCUAUCGCAAAGGUGAAGGACCAAGAUGAUAACCCAUCGAAACUUGCAGCGUCUGCAGCUGAGUACAUGUUGGCAAUGCAGAAGCGUUCUAGUGGUCUAUCCCAGGCUCUAUACGAGGGGUGUGGCCUAAGACCGGAAAAG